GUGAGAGGAAGCUAGUCCCCACCCUCCCCGGGGGCUGCAAAAUGAGUUGGAGGAGCAGAAGGGGAAGGGGUGGGUGGCCUGAAGGAGUGUGGACUAAAGGUUGCGCUGCAAUGAAGCGAUCUGCAGGCAGUGUAACCCCUGAGAGGGGGAGUUUGGCUGUGAGCAGCAACAUGCAGAAUGUCACAGUGCCCCCGGAAUUGGAUGAUGCCCUCGACACGAUGACCCGCCCGGUCGACCAGAGGCCGCCGCCCAUCCGCCAUUCCGCUGACGCAUCGCCACCGGCGAGACAAAACGGAGUCGCACCGGGUGAGAAAUUUGACGUCGCGAGCUCGCCUUUACCCCGCAACGAGAGGCCCGCUUGUCGGAGGUUUUGCAGCUGCAGCAAUCUUCAUCGCCAUUCUCCUGGGGUUAUACACCAUUCUGUGGAAAUGCAUGAGCUCCGAAGUGAGAAGAGACAAGAGCUACGGAAGGUCGAGGCAGAAGGUUUACCAAUUGGGAGCGGAUUCCUGCUGACGGAGGGUUCGUGGUGCCCAGUUUAAGCAGCAUCUUUUACUUGGGGACCAUGGGGUGGGAGAAGAGAGAGAGAGAGGGAGAGAACGCCCAUGCGUUUGCAUCGCCGUGGGCACCGUGAGCGGAAUCGCACAAAGGCUUAUAUACCAACCACUUCUACUCGGAGUACAUCCUCACCGUUUACUGGCUCAGUCUAGCCCCGGUCUCCUCCAUUAGUAGAAUGUAGCAUUUCUGGGCUAAAUAAAAUGGAGAAUGGAAUAGCAAAA